UUAGAAGGAUGUUAGGUUGUCAUGUGGUAACCAAAAGAAGGUUAUGAGUAAAAACAUUUUUUUUAAAGGAUUAUUUGAUCAUCUGACUUGUUUUGCGUAAAGUGAAGAGAUAUGGAAUGAGUUGGAUAGCACAUACGGUUGUCUUGUGUUGAUUUUAGAGACAUUAUUUUGACAUUUUUAAUAUUUGUGGUGAUCGGCGAAACACCUCGAUUUACGAAUUGGUCGUCCAAGUCGCGAAGCUGGACAGAUCGCUGCAUCAUCAUGUUGCUUCCGAGUUAGCGAAACAAAUCAUAAGUUACACCAGGGGAAUAGUGAGUCGUCGUCAUUUAGCUACCCGACAAUUGCAAUUGUGAACAGAAAAGGAUGGAUACAUCUGUUGAUUUCGCUUGUUGGCACUUCGAUGAUACAUUGUCGCGCCCAGUGAUGUGAAAUAAGAAGAUAAAUAGCUGGUUACAUUGUAUCACUUGUUUAUUCCUGGGGUUGAUGCGAUAUUUCUCAUUUGUUAUUGGGUGGGCGCGAUUGUAAUUAGCCAACAUCUUCAUUAUGGGAAUUUGGGAUAAUGAAGAAUCAAAAUGCAUUUUCUUUCAAAUAAACUUUGCCACUGAAAUAUAGUCUAUCCAGACCUACAUUAUAAAAAUCUGGAAUAUAGUAUUUACUUUUUUAUUGGCUCCAUCGUCAUCACAUAAUAUAUUGGAUUUAUCAAGGAAGUGCACGUUUAGUCUCUGUUGGAUUACCCCGGUUUGUGUAGGAUAUCCACUUUGACUCUGGAUGAGACUGCUCUGUUCGGGUUAUGAUCAUGACCCAGGAAUGUAUGGAUGAUCGCCAAAGAGAUGCUGACUUCAUGGAAAUAUGCUGGUGACAUUUCUCCUAUUCAAACAAAUCAGCUACAUAGUUAUUGUGCUGCAGACUGUUAUUGGAUACUUUUUGAUUAUAGUGGCUAAGCGUGCCACAUUGUCUCAGUAAAUGUUUUUAACCACGAUGGAAUGCAACAUAAAUAGAUUCUCCAAAUAGGUUGCCAAUAUUUUCAUUUGAAAGUUUCAUAGGUCUAUUUCAUCCUAUGUUUUCCUGGCCAGUCUUUAAUCUUUUGUUACUGUCCACUGCUGUCACCGCAUCCACGUGGAGUUGACAACACCUGACACUUGACAACUUUUGGGUCGAGGAAACUUGCAACCGUGACGCACAGACGGCUCCCUCUGCCGUAAUCCCCAGAACGGUACAAGGGGACAUAGCUUUUGUUUUUGCUUUCGGGCGGCGGAGAGGAAGAGGGAUAGACACAAUAAGGAAAAAGUAGCUUACAGCAGAUACAAAAAAAGAAGUCCGGCUAAAAUGGCCGGCGAAUGCAACUAUAAAACACAAUACGAGAAUGAUGACACAUUUUCUCCAUCCAAAUUAUCCGACCGAGUGCGGAUGCUCGCGGGGGAGCCCGACACCGCCCGUGCUCAGACUGGGCGUAAAUCCUUGGGUUGCUCGCCAAACUUCGAAUUGAUUGACGGACUGCUGUACCGUAAGAAGUUGGAGAGAGGCUUCAUCCAUUACCGGGAGGUGCUUGACGAGGACCGACGGUUCGGGGCAAUCGCCACUUUCCACCGGCGACGACCAGGCACGCGCCACCACUCCCUGGAGGACACGUACCGAUCUGUGGCCGAGAACUACUGGUGGGAGGGGAUGUAUUUUCAGAUCCGAGACUUUGUCCUGGGAUGUCCAGAGUGCCUUGAGCAGAGGAACAAGAGACUUGAGAAGGGUGUGGGCGAGAGCCGUCUCUCUCAGACAAUGAUGUCACACAGCCGUGACGUGUUGAAUAAGCUGAGGAGCCAGCGGGAGGCUGGACUGUUCUGUGACAUCACUCUGAGGACUGACGGACGCUCUUACUCUGCCCACAAGGCAGUGCUGGUGGCAGUGAGCGAGUACUUCCAGGAAGUAUUCACUGAGAUGGACUCCGCCCCUAGCGCCAGGUCUGACAUCGAUCUCACAGGUUUCAGUGAGUCUAGCCUGGUGUCUCUGCUGGACUUCUCCUACUCCUCUACUCUGUGUGUGUCUGAGGAGGACCUGUCAGAGGUCAGCACUAUGGCCCGUCAUCUGGGCAUGUGGCCUGCCGUGGAGGCCUGCACGGCCCUCCAGAGGGAGCAGGCGGAUCACACCUCCCGCUACCCCAACACGGAGCACUCUGCCCUGGGCUUCCCAACGCAGUGCCCUGGGUCUCCCAUGGAGCUCCGCCACCACCAGAAGGACAGGAAGAAGGGAUUGGCUGGAGAGGGCAGGGAGAGGGUGGCUGGGGGAAGAGUGGUGAGUGGUUUGGGUGAUGGCUUCAGACUGAUUCUGGAUCAGUCCGAUGAGUCGGGGGAGGAGAGCCCCACCAGACGGUCGCCCCGUCGCCCCCUCAGACCCAGCGCCCACCCUCCAGGGCGGAACGGACUCCCCCUCAGCUCCAUGCACAGGAUGAAGCUCAUGGACUUCAAAUCCCCCUCCUGUAAAAUAACCUCUUCACCCCGGAAAAAUGUCCCCUCCAACCCCCGCUCCCGAAAUGUCUCCUCUUCCUCCUUGCCCCACACAUAUACCCGUCUCCUCCGCUCCACUCCCAGGGCCGCCAAGGAGGUCCAGAGUAUGCUGCCCAGGACAGAGAGCCCUCCUCAGGGCCGAAAGCCACCCCCAGUCCCCUGUCCUGCCUCCACCUCCUCCAGACAGAGGACUUGCUCUGAGGCCAACAUAGUGAGGGUGGAGGAGGAAGAUGAGAAAGAUAAUUUCAGAGCGCUGGAGAAGUACCGGCUGAUGAGCGUGCUCGGGUUACAGAGGACGUCCCUCCUCCCCAGACCGGAGGAUCUGAUUGGCUGGAGGCAGAAGAAACGGCUCCGGAAGCUGAAAGUCAAUAAUUAUUCGCUGACUAAGCGGAGGAAACCCCGCCCCCAGGGGUUGGGGGGGCUGGUGUUCGGGGGGCUGCCCCUGUCCCUCCCUCUCUGCACCCCUGCCAAUGCCCAUUUCUUGAACAGGAUCAUAAAAAAGGAGCCUGUGUAUCCAAUCAGCAUGGAGGACAGGAGACUGAAGAGAUCCAGACAGCCCCGUCCUUUUCCACCCAGCGACAGGAGCAUGCGCAGUAAAGUGGCAUUACCGGACCUGCUGCAGCCCGUGUCCAGGCCGGCCUACGGCGGCAGGGAUCUCAGGCGUUCUGUCAGGGGUGAAGAAGUCAGCCAUCCCCCUCCGCACCUCCCGCCCCGCUCUGGGAAUGCCAGAGUUCUAAAUCCCAAGAGGAACAUCUCUGCUCUCAGGAUCAAACCGGAACAUGCCGACUACACCAUCUCAGCCCUGCAACUCCCCUCACAUGGCCAACGCCCAAACACACACAUCCCCCCUCCCAGGGCCCACCCCAGGAACAAGGUUACCAUGGAGACUGUCAGGGUGCUCCGCUACAACAGCGGGCGUCUGUUGGCCAAAGCCAAGCCGGAGCGGAGUGGCAUGAAAGAGGCUGGGAGAGCCCAGCAUAAGCCCAGAGAGAAGAGUAGGAGGACAGGGUGCAACCAGGGAGCAAGGGGGGUCACGGAGAGAGGGCCUGGAGCUCUGAGCAGAAGGAAAAACAGCAGCAUCCUCAGCCCUGACAAUGUCCCUCCUCCCCUCCAUAGCCAUCCUCUGUACAGGGUCAUCAAGGAGGAACCAGCAGACCCUCUACCCGUGGUGGGGCCUUUCCCCGAGUCGCCCUCCCCAGAGCUGGGUAAGAGGCAGAUCAAGCCCCCUGUCAAGCUUCUAGAUCCAGGCUUCCUCUUCAGCUUCUGCCGGCCACCCGGAGGGCCCAUGGUGGGGGUGAAGAGGGAGGAGGAGAGUGUGGAUAUCUGCCUAACACGAUCUGUCUCGAGGGGGGAGAGGUUAGGUCCCGGGGGGGGCCCGGACAGGGUCCUGAGGGCCAGAGGAGGUCCCCCCACUUUGCCCAUGGUGAAAAAGGAGCGAGAGGAGAAGAGUGUGAACCAAAGUCAAACCAAGAGGCAGGGGCCACCAAGGGCUGUCAACAUUCACCAACACAAGGCCCCCCACCUGGUUAGAGCCAAAGGGUCAAAGGGUGCACACACAGCACGGGACAUACCAAAGAAGCAAGCUAAGCCCCUCCACCUGCCUAGCCGAGGCCCCGCCCUGUUGGACUCGAUCUGCCGUGCGCGGCUCAAGCAACUGCGGAGUCCUCGCAGUCAGGCCCCCAAGGCCAAGUCAUCCCACGUCUGCCUGCAGUGCCGGGCCUCCUACAAGGACUGUACCAGCCUCCUCAUGCACCGCAUCAGGCACAUCGAGGGCAAGCACUGGCCCUGCCCUCUGUGCAGUAAGACGUUCUUCAGGAUGAGGAAUGUGAAGAACCACAUCCGGACCCAUGACCAAAGGCUGUAUAAGUGCCGCAGCUGUAUUGCUGCAUCCUGAGAGCUGACUGGGGAGGGAGAGAGGGUUGAGGCUGUCUACAUUGACUGACGUGAUGAAGAGAGUAGAGCACAUUGUUGAACUGCAAGCUUGUACAUGCAAUGCGUCCAUCACAUCCAAGCACAAGUCUCCUAGGAAAGCUGUAAUUACUAUGACGUUGAUUAUUGUUAUUUAAAUAACCAAACUUAAAUUCUUGUUUGCGUUUUCAGUAGCUACAGGGGUUUCAACUUGAACUUUACACUCAGGGGGUUGGUGCAACUGUGGCGUUACUGUAUUUAAAUGGUUGACGACGUCACAGUUUAUGUAAAUGAGAAAUGUGUAGAAUGGAAAUGACAGAAAUAUAUUAUUACAAUGAUAAUUAUUACCACUAUUGUUAUUUCUAUCAUUAUUUUUCUAUGUAUAGACUGAAUCUUUGAGUGCACUUAUACACAAUAUCACCAAAAGUAUGUGGACACCCCUUCAAAUUAGUGGAUUUGGCUAUUUCAGCCACACCUGUUGCUGACAGGUAUAUAAAAUCGAGCACACAGCCAUUCAAUCUCCAUAGACA